AGUUGCUUGUGUAGUUUCCAAUGGUGCGGAGCGUUUUGAGUGCUGAGCGGACAGCGCACAACAAACCAAAAUUGUCGUAUUGAAAAUUUUGUUGCGAGUCUUAUUGUUUUUCGUGGCGAUUAGAAACGCUAUUGAGUAAAAAGGCGAUAAGAAGACAGCGAUAUAAAUCGCUAUAAUUCAGCAAACAGCAAACACAUGUCGGCCAGCCAGUAAUAAAACCAAACGAAUCGGUUUAUGUUGCUAUUGUAGCUGGGUCAUCUUUUGUUAAAACUUCACGAAUGGUUUUUUAGUGUGUGUUUUUUGCGUUUGGCGAAUUUGUUGUGGCCCCGCGGGUAAAACUUGAAUUUUUAAGCUGAUUCCGCAAAAAGCAGUAAAACCAAAAUAAAACCAAGAAAACAAAACAAAAAUAAGAGUCCAAAAACAUAUGCUGAUGCGAGCAUUGUGCUUGAGAAAGAGAUACACUGAGAAUAAGUGACGUGAAGUGGAGUUAAGUGAAGUACACAGCGAACGAGUCAAAGUCGAGAUACUUUAUCUAUAUUGUCCUGGAUUAAAUAUAUUUGGGUAUCUCGAUUGAACGACCAACAUGUCCCAGCCAAGUCAAUAAGCCAAGCAACUGUUCAUGAAUCAAAGUUAAUACUCGAAAAACGAAAUACGAACGAGAAAACUCAUCAAAAAUGCUGGACAAUCAAAGCUUAAUCUCAGUGCCUGAAUCCUGCUGCAGCUCGAUUGCCACAAAUGCGGACCUCGACUACGAUGUGCCCGUCUCUCGACGCGUUCGCAUUAAAUCGAAACUUUAUGCCCGAGCCAUUUAUGAUAAUUAUGCGGAUACGCCCGAUGAGCUGCCCUUCAAGAAGGGCGACGUCCUCACCGUCAUCGAACAGGACACCGAAGGCAUCGAGGGCUGGUGGUUCUGUUCGCUACGCAAUCGGCAGGGUCUAUGCCCCGGCAACCGGUUACGCAUCUUGAACUCGUACGAUUCGGGCUGCUUUUCACCAUCGCCGGCCAGUUCGCCGGUACCAUCGCUGGCAGCUAGCACCGCCACUUUGAACAGCUCCAUUUGCUCGACUGAGAUCUAUGAGAAUGGCUCCAUCAUCAGUACAUCUGGUGCGGAGACCCAAUCCACAUCCUCAACAGGCUCCUCCAUCUCCUCCAGUCAGGGUCGUGGUGCACGCAGAUCGUGGCAUUUAUCCACGAAUAAGGUCAUUACGCCUCAGCGGCCACAGGGUGAUGUCUACAUUUACAACAACAGCCCGGGGGGAUCAUUAUCUGGAGCGCCACGCUCACCGCAUCCACAACAGCAGCAGCAGCAGAUCUACAGCAACCAAAGCAUCUAUCAGAAUCUGGGCAUGAUGAAUGGGAGCAACGUCAACGGUUCCAGCACCAGCAGCACCGAGUUCGAGACCUAUGAUAUACCCAAGCCGGCAACGCCUGUGCCCCAGCUGAACUAUGAUGGGGGCGUGGCGAGGGGCGUGAGGACGCCGACAACGGGUUCGGCGUUGGGUCCACGCUUCGAAUCGCUGAAGAGCGUCGGCGCAUCGAUGUCCAUUGAGGAGGAAUCGUACGAUGUGCCACGCCCACUAAUCAUACAGCAGCAGCAGCAACAGCAGCAACAACACCAAAUGACUCCCAGCAGUUCGGCAUCAUCGCUGCUGACCAGCGACAGUUUGUCGCUGAGCUUCUCCAGCUCGAAUCGCAGCUCGCUGGCGAAUAUGCCCGACUAUGAUAUACCCCGCCGUAAUCCGUUGCCUGUUCGCCCGCAUCAGCGUCCCCAUCAUGCCGCAUGCCACAGCUAUGAGUUCUCGUUGCCGCCACUGCAGGAGCAGGCACAGCCCAACAACAGCAACAGCAGCAGCAGCAGCAGCAGCAAGAGCAGCAGCAGCAAUGGCAGCCAGUGCAUCGGCAAGGAACUGCCGCUGGAGCUGAAUUCGGCGCUGGAAACGCUGGCCAAAUUGCAGUCGGAGACGACGCUGGCCAUCACAAGACUGCUCAGCUUUGUGGUGCCACAUUGGCGCACACGUGCCCAGCUGGAGCCGAACAUCAUGGAACUGAAACUGGCUGCACUGCGUCUGCGCACAGCGCUUCAUGAUCUCGCCGAGUUCGGUGAGGGUGCGCUGGGCAAUGCACACCGGUCGGAGGAUCGCAAUCUGGCCCUGAAGCUGCGUCCGCUGGUUCGCGCUUUGAGGGAUGCCAACAAGCUUAUUCAGGAUUCCUCCGAGUCGCUGGAUGCCCAGGGUGGUGGCUGGUCGGUGGAGCAACUGGCGCGUAGUGAUGAGAAGCACGGUUGCCGGCCGCCUGACAGCUUGGAUCAGUUAAUGGCCUGUGCCCAGACCCUGACCGAGGAUGUGCGCUCCACGACGAGCUUCAUUCAAGGCAAUGCCUCGCUGCUCUUCAAGCGACAACUGCCCCCGGAUCAGGCAGCAAUCGCCAGCCCCAGCACUCACAAUGGAUGCACACGCGGCAGCGCCGAGUGGCUGGAGGACUAUGACUAUGUUGCCUUUGAGUCCAAGGAUGCGGCGGCCAAAAAGAAUCAGGCAUUGAGGGAUGCCAUUCCCGCAGGAUUGAAGACACAGUUCGACAGUGCACUGAAAAUUGCCGAGUGUACAGCGAUGGGAACGACGCCAUCGGUGCCAACGACGCCGACAACACCAUGUGUGGUGGCCACCGCAUCGCCCCAGAUGACGGACAAGGACAAGAAGCUGGUGCGAUACUAUGCCCAGUUGAUCUCCACACACAUGGGCAAUCUGCUGCAGGCGAUCGACUCGUUCCUGGAGACGGUGAAGAACAAUCAGGCGCCCAAAUAUUUCAUUGCCUAUGGCAAAUUUGUUGUGGUCAGCGCCCACAAUCUGGUCACCAUCGGUGACAAUGUGCAUCGCAAUAUCUCCAAGGAGGCGCUGCGCGACAAGAUAUUGCAUUGCACCAAUUCGCUGUCCGAGGCUCUCAAGACCUGUGUGCUCAAGUCGAAGAAGGCAGCUGCCCAUUUCCCCAGCGGCACUGCUGUCCAGGAAAUGGUCGACUCGGUGCAUCAUAUCAAUGAUCUGGCAUAUGAUCUCAAGAAGGUGAUGUUGCAGGCCGUGCAGCUGUCCGCCGGAGAUGGAGCUUAAGUGUGACACACACACACACACACACAGGCAGUAUUUUAUUCAACGACUCGGCUUCCAAAGUCUUCCAGGCUGGCGGCGCACAUGUUCCUUACUUACCACACGCUUUGUCUAUGCUAUGCAACAAUAAUCCCAGACCCAUUCUGAAUUCGGCAUAUCCGCAGAUAUCGCAUCUCGAUCCUCGAUAUACUAUUAUUUGCAUUGUGAUAUUUCUUGGAGCAAACAUCAGAAAAUGCACAGCCCCUCACCCAAAAAAAAAAAAAAAACAAACGAUUGUCAUUAUCUCCACACAAAAAGAACUACAUACAUAUGUAUAUAUAAUUCGAUGCAUACACACAUAUAUAUAUAUAUAAAAUUAUGUAAACAUUUCGUUACGAUUACGAUUUAGUUGUAUUUAUUAUUAGAACCCAUAGUCAGCGCAUUGCUUUAAGUUAGGUCCUCUGUAAAUAGCACUACUCACCUUAAUUAAAUGUCGUUUUUUUUGUACAUUUGUAUUUUCCGCUGAAUAAUUGUGUAUUUUGUAUCAGUGAAGCAUUUCAGCAGAUAAUAUAUAUUGUGUAGUUUAGCUUUACUUAUCUAUAACCAAUAAUAUCUGAUAAAACGCAAACCUAGCAUGUAGCAUAAGCAUAAACGUACAUAAAUAAACACAUACAUAGUCAAAAUCUGAAAGAUUUGCAAUAAACAUUUGUCGUUUUGCGCUCGGCAAAUAGUCAGCAAUAUACAAGAAGAAAAAUAUUCACAUUAGCCAUACUAUACACUGAAUGUAAUAAUAACAAUGAUUUCGUGACUGCAACUGUUCAAUUCAAGUGCAGACCAUCAAAUUAAAUAUAAUAAAAUUAACUAUAUUAAA